CUCGGUUUCACUGUUCGUUCGCUGCGAAAAGCAUCGUGUCGCGUUUGGCGUUUUUAAAGUAAAUUUUGUCCAGUAAAAAGUUGAAUAUAUAAACAAUUUUUAAGUUAAAAGUGAGCAAAAAACUCCUAGAAACGUUUGCAAUAAAUGUAAAAUCGGCUUGGGAAUCGUGAAGAUACUAAAAGUUGAAAGAAACGAAAGUUGGGCAGUACACUUACAGGAGCGGUAUACUCGUUCCAAGGCGGGCAUGGCACGGAGACCGUAGAACGGCAGCACGGCGGACGAGCACCAGCGAAUUUGAUGUUAAAGCGUAGUAGCUGAUAAAGGCUGUGAAAAGUAUAAAUGGCGAAGAUGAAAAAAUUCAGUGCCGGAAAUUUCAAAGCAAUUGUGGCUAGUUCAUUGCAGCUAAAUUGCAAAAGUUUUUUGUGAGUUAAUGUGACAGAUUAGGAAAACUGGCGGAACGUAUAGUAAAUUAACAAUUUGAAUAAAAUUUUUGUUAAAAAAAAAACUAAUAUAAAGAAGUGUGCUAGACUACCAACGUUACAACACAAACAAUAACAGGCGCUGGCAUACGCGCACCAACAACAAACCGCUGUGGAUUUUCGUCUCGUGCGCCACGCACCUUUUUCUUCAUACAAAAGUCGAAUUGUCGAAGCCAUUCGUUGAGCUACAUGCACGUUCGUUGCUCGCUGACAAAUGUCGGCUGACGGUCGAAAACGUAUUUCUUAAAUUUAUUUUAUACAAAAAUAUACAAUGGUAAAAUAGUAAUUUGUGCUAAUGGUUAUUAAGUGAAAAGUGUAGACAUUAAAAAGUAUUCUUUUGGAGAAGGGAUUUAAUUCCAACAAAAUCAACGCAGGGCACAUACACAAGUGCAUACAUAUACCUCUCGCCAUUUCAAAUGUUUGCAUUGUGUUUUCAAAUGCGGGGUUAAAAUGAAGAUGUUUUCUAAGCCAUGGCCUUUUGCAGCCGAUAAUUGAUCCUAAAAGACAUCCAGGUGUAACUCAAUCGGAUUUCGCAACCCAUCACAUCCCAUCUACGAAGCAGCAGCAAAGCAAUGAAUGAUACAAACAAUCAGGCGCCCGAAGAAUCACAAAAUCUACCACAGAACAUUUCGUACGCCGCCAGUCGAGUUAACCACAACCAAAGCGCCGCCCUGGCUCACGUGCUGUCCAGCAACCUAAGUGCAGAAGAAGAACAGGAGCAAAUUGUCACGUCGACCUCGAGCGAUACGCAUACAAGCAUAGCCGGUCAUUUGCCGCACCUUGAGGCAUUGAUCACAUCGCCGGCGCGCAUCACCAGCUCCACCGGGAAUGAUUGCAGCUCUUCGCCGCAGCGUUUGUUGUCCACGACGUGCAGCAGCAGUAGCGGCAGACAAUCGACCCAGCAACGCGGCGACAUAACGACAACGGACGCCUCCAGUGAGGAUGAAUCACAAUCGCCACACCAAUCGACACAAUCAUCCUUCAGUGGCCGAAAAAUUUUAAAACCUAGCGGCGUGGACCGCGCUACCCACGGUCUAGAUUCGGUUAUGCCGACCACUUCUGCUGCAGCGGCGACACGUACAGCAGGCGUUAGGAGCGUAGAGGCGGAAUUAAGGGCUAGCAACAGCAACAAAAGUAGUAUUAGUAUCUUAAGCAACGGCGGUUUGGAGCACACGAACGGCCGCGACGACAACGCAGGUAGCGCAAAUAUGGUUGCGCGCGAGCAGACAGCAGUGACUGUAGCCUCAAGUGGUGAGGCUAUCGCUGGGCACGCAGUGUCAAUAGGUGCCGGAGGCGGACAAGGACAAGCGGUGCCAGCCGAGCAAACCACCGAAUCCCACAAGAUCAUCUUGAAGUUACCCAAGCCGAACGCCACGAGCGUUAAUGCGCGCUCCCUUGAAUCUCAGAGCAAUACAGAAUCAAUGUCCGGGGAGGAAGGCGCCGCAAGCCACAGCGGUACCGAGUCGACCCGCAAAGUGGAGCCACUUAAAAUCAAUUUGCACACGCACAAUAGCCCGAACAUUGUUCCGAAAAUCACAAUUAAGCCCAUAAUGAAAAAAGCGAACGACGUCGCGUCCUCGGAUUGCUCUUCCUCUGCCGAAGAUGAUGCGGUCGCCGAGUCGUGCACCACACGCAGCGGCGCACAAAUACCGAAGCUGACCAUCAAGGCGUCGGCAGUUGUCGGUGGCAGUGACGAGCCACACAUUCUACCCAAAUUGACGAUAAGAUCGGCCAAUGACAGCUCGGAUAGUUCCAUUGUACCGAAGCUCACCAUCAAAAUGUCCGAUUCGCAAGCCGCUUCGCACAGUAGCAGCACACAAUCGGGUCCGUCCGCAUCGUCGGCGAGCAGCGCAGCAUCGACAAAAUCACACAGUGAACACUCGCCUCCCCCACUACCGAAACUCACCAUAAAAACGUCGUUGGAUGGCACCAGCGAGUCGAUCAUGUCCACGAUAUCGCCAGCCUCGUCCUCUUCGUCGUCAUCGAGCACAUCCUCGUCUGCAGGAGUACCGUCGAUGUCUUCCAUCUCGGCCACCGCCUCGUGUACGGUUUCAAAUGUCACCAACAACGCCUGUUCUGUGCCUAAACUGACGAUUAAAACGUUGCUGCCAAAGCACGAGGAGCUGGUGCCGAAGUUGACUAUAAAAACCAAUGCAACUGGCGCCUGUGUAAGCACGUCAACGGCAGCAGCUGCAGCUGAGGAUCACGGCGAAGCCCAUGAUGGCGGCAACGUUGCUGGCAGCAGCAGCAAGAUACCCAAACUUACCAUCAAAACCGGGCAGGAGCACGCGGUCAUCAUAACGCAGCACAAUGACGACUCCAACGCACAGGUCAUACCAAAGUUGACGAUCAAAACUAAGUCGUUGGAUGCAGAGGAGUCGCUAAGCGACUUGAGUGAGGACCCAGCACCGCCACCCGAGAAGAUACCCAAGAUAACAAUUAAGACGCACGAAGUUGCCGCCGAGAUCACUUCGCCGAAGUUUUGCAUCAAAGCAUUGCAGCAGCCAACAGAGUCGGAGCACGCACACGUCAUCCCGAAACUGACUAUCUCCAUGGCUAAUCUGGAGGGGAGUGCAGCGCCACAGUCGCCCAAGCAAUCGCCGCUAGUGGUGCGGCAGUUGUCAAGCAGCACACGCAAAGAGUCGCCAGAAAGACUGCCCAAGCUGAUGAUCUCGCGCCAGGAUGCGAAGGGUAACAACUGCGACACGGCAGUGGAGAAAGUCGUUCCCAAGUUGACGAUCAAGACCAACUGUCAGGAUGGUGGCGGCAGCGAGUGCAUGGAGAAAAUACCCAAACUGACCAUCAAAUCGAUACCAAACGUAGAGCAGCAAUCCUCGGAGGAGAGUGAUGAGGGCUUGAGCGGCGAAUCGUCGCCACCUCUAUCGGCAGCGGAGGAGGCAGCUGCCAACAAAGUGGUACCCAAGCUCACCAUAAAAAAUCUUUCGUCGCCAACGUUGAAAAUGAAAGCGGUUCUGGAGGACAAAACGCGCAAUGCUUCAAAAAAGUGUGGAAAAUCCAGCGACCCAAAAGGCGGCACCGACACAAGCGCCGCGUGCGGCGUGCCGCAAAGGACGCUGGAUCCACAGCAGACUGCUGAGUGUAGUGCACGCGAGCAUAUGGUGAACGGUUGCGAGUCGAGCAGCAGCCAAGAGUUCUGCGGCUUCAAUGACAGCGCGAUGUUUGCUGAGGAGGAGGACAUCGAGGAGCCGCGUCGCAACUCCGACGACAUGGACAUCGAUGAAGGGCUGCAGCAGCACGACCCACAAGUGUUCAACAACGUAUUCCACGUCAGCAACGGUGACUCGCUGCGCAAUGAAAACACUGAAGAUUCGCAACUGAUGCAACCACCGCUACCCGCAGACGAUCUGUCAAAUGUGGUGGACACCGUCGACCUAACAUCCUCCCCAUCGCCCGGCUCGUCGCCUGCGCACUUCACCUACACCGAUGCGGACCCCCAAAUAAGCGAUGCACAACAACCGCCGCAUCCCACCAUACUCAUGGAGCGGCUGCAGCGAGAAAUGAGCGUCAUACAGACAGCGCCGCCGAUGGAAAACACCAACAGUUUCCUGCUCAAUCAACUGAAUGCACCGCUAAAUGUAACAAAGUACGGCGUGCCACCGCCUCUGCAACCGAAGCCACUGCAGUCGCAGCAGCAACAUCAUCACCAGCAGCACGCGCUCCAACAGUCACAACCACAACAACAGCAACAAAGGCAGCAGCUGCAACAGCAAAUAAGCAAUAGCAUCAAAUAUCCGCAAUUGACGGAACGCCUGAUGGCCAACGGCGCGCGUAUUCGGCAAAACUCGACCAUAACGUGCGCCGGCAGUUUGGCCAUGGCAAUGAACAGCGGAUCUGCUAGCUACAAUAUGGCAAAUCAGCAGGCAGCUCAGCCGGAGAAGGUGAUCGAUUCCAUUGAGAUACUGGACACACCCGAAGGCAGUCCGCGUUUGACGUUGGACGAUACCGCUGCGUUGCCCAAAAAUCUACACAUAAACAACGAAGAUGGUUUGAAUGAUGCCGCCAUUAGAAGAAACGCUGCCUAUGAAGAAAACAGCGCGGAUGUGUUGAGGCGCAACAACAAUGUUAUGGACGAUGCAACUGCGUCAGCGGAGAGAACAAAUCAAGCGAAUUUGAAAAGGCAAGCGGACGCCAUGUCGGCCCUGAUGAGGGAGAACGAUGUGGCAGAGCAGUGUAUCGAGAUUACACCAAACAAAGUACGCCGCAUUGACAGCGAAUCGCAUACUAUGGCCACUUUGACCAUUCUGACAGACGAUGAGUCGUCUAACACCAAAUUGAUAACUACGUCACCCACCAUUUUUGGUGGCAAUCACCACGUUGUGGAUAUAACUAACGACGUUGUGCAAUCGCAGAACGCACCCAUUACAAUGGACCUCUCUUCGGCAAAGGCCUCCAUACAUCGUCCGCGCAAACAGCGUCACGAGCACUUGCUGGCCAUACCCCUGGACGAAGAGGAUCCAAUUCAGUUCGAUUUGAAUAACGUCGUCGCCGAAAAUCGCCCCCCAUCGAAUGAACUCGCUACAGCAGCAGCAAAAGCGGUUGUAACGCACUCAGACCAGUUGCCGGCGAACCCGCCUAUCGUCAGACGUCGCGGUCGCCCGAAAAAGAACACUACUGCUGCGGCGACACCCAACGCUGCGCCAGCACUGCCUGCAGCAACACUCAACGAGCCUAGCGUUGGAAGCGCAGACGCAGCGCCCACGGAGAUUGUUUCGAAAGCGCGCCGUGUUGAGCUGUUACGCAAACGUCUGGCCAUCGACAUGGUGGACGCGGAGCAGCCAUCCGAUGAGCUGGAGAGUGCAGAUGUGGCGAAUGAGAGUGAGACCUCGACCAGCGACCGUGCUUUACGCACAGGGGCGCGAAGUUCUCGCCGCAGUAUCUUGCCGGGUGGUGCAAUCACGCCGGUAACGAAAGUCAAGCCUAUUGGUGCCAACAACGGCGAGGUUGCUCUGAAGAAUCGCAAACGCUCAGCGAACAUCUUAAGUGGCGGUGGCAGUACUGGUGCUGUAAACAACAAUGCCGCAAAUACGAUAUCGGAUGUUGGUGUGACCUCCGUCCUUAAUCACUAUGGUGGCUCAAAUUCCAGUCUCUCGUCGGCCUACUCUAGCAGCUCCAUGAGCUCCGCCACUGUGACCACAGCUGCUGGAGCUCAGCUUGGUACCGGUACUAGCACAUCUGCGUCCAUUUCCUUGGCAACACAAAUCGACUUGACAAUGUGCUCGUCGUCGUCCUCAGCGAGCAAUGGCAGCACCACUGCCACCAUGACCAUAGCGGGUGCAAGCACUACCACUAGCACUUGCGCAAUCAACGCCGCAGUACAAAAUCAAAGCAGCAGCUCGAUGUUGCCACCAGCCACUAUACUGUCCUCCUCGGACCCGGUGCCGGAUGUGGUCUUUAGACCCAAUGAUUUCUCAUCGCUUAUGGCAACACAGCAGCUGCGCGCAGCGCACACCGCAGGAGUGAGUAUUGAAACGGAUCUGUUGCGGAUGCAGGUAACGCUAAACAGCGCCAAGUUUGAUGGGCGCGAUGAUGAAACUACAAGUCAGAGCGGUGGCGGGGACGGCAGCGGAGCAGAUUUAUCAGGAGAUGACUCCACAAGUCCGAUGGGGACUCCCGUGGGUCGUGGACGCGGCGGUCGUGGUCGUGGGCGCGGUUCUGUUCGUGGCAGCGCACGUGGUAGUCGGGCGCAUCGUUUGGGACGUGGCGCCAGCGCGGUCGCCAAGCAAAUCGCACUGAGCAGACCACGCUGCGUUGGCGGUCUGAAGCAUACACCCGAUCCAGAUCGAAUGAAAGGCCUUUUUAGUCCGUCCCCACAAGUCUUUGAAGAGGAUACUCGCAUGAGCGCCGACUUGAAUCAGACCCAAAUACAGCUGCAGCCGGAGCCCCAAACUCCUUUGAGGCAACCCGAUUUUCUUAACAAUGAUGAGUCUCAGUCCUCAGUGUUGAGCACGAAUAGCAUUUUAGAUCCCAACACGGUGGCUGCAGUCCAAAAUGGCAGCGCUAUUAAACGUCCAAAGAAGAAGAAAAUGGAAGUUUGCGUUGCCGAAGACGCUGAAAUUACUGUCUCAGCAAUUGCCGAAUAUGAUUGGCCGCCUCCAAAGGGGUGUUGCCCAUCGAAAAAUCGCGAUACUUUCAUGAUUCAAGAACAGGUCGCUUUGUAUUUAGGUAUAAAGAGCUUCAAGAGAAAGUAUCCCGAUCUGCCACGUCGGCAAAUCGAUAUGGAAGAGCGUAAUUGGCUGCAGGAAAAGGGCCUUGUUUCGGAACGUAUGUGCGAUUUGGGCAUUACGGCCGUUUGGGCAUCCGACAUUCUGGACAUUAUGUAUACCGAUUUCUAUGAGAAGUACGAGGAGUACAAGGACUUCAUACGUCAAAAGCACCUGCGCGAAAUCGAGGCGAAACAGAAAGCCUUGGGGCUUAAUGUGUCUGGACGUGGACUGCAAGUGCGUGAACGUGCGCUCCUCUCGACGAGCAAAUGGAACUCUUACUUCAAUAGAAGUCGCAAGGAGGAACGUCUAGCUUGUCUGGACUUGCAAACAUUAACAAUGAACGUGCCAUUGCCCGCGACAGCGCCCACCGCCACACUGGUAUAUCGGCCUGUAGCAGAGGCAGUGGCAGAGGCUGCCAAAGCCGAGCAAAUACCUGAACCACCAACCUUGCUGCGACCGCGCGUCACUACCACACCCCGGGAAUCGGACGCCAAUUACCCCGUAGCUGUGGUGCCCGGCCAGUAUUGCACGAAUUAUCGCCAGUACACGCCGUUUGAGUUGAGUUGCUUCCCGCUUAACACAGUGCUGCAGGACCCGCGUUUGCUGGUUGAACGUGCGGAACACACAACCGGACAGGCGGACACUACAGCGUCGGAUAUAAAGCCACGCGGGAAUACAAGGAUCGUCGAACAAACUGACACGAAUGCCGACGUGGUGAAGUGUGAAGACAACACAAAGACACUGAAUACUAUGCGUCGCAGUGGGCGAGCACGCUUUGCCCCGAAGGCGAAAUCACCGGGAGCAACGCUUAAGGAAGAGUACGACAGUGCAACUGAGUCGGCAAUGUCUUCAUCGGAGAGCGAAAGUGAAAGCGAAUCGGGCUCAGAUACCGACUCGGAUAGCUCGAGCGAUGAUACUUCCUCAUCAUCUGAAGAGGAGGGUGAUGCGCAUGCCAUUUGCGGCGUUUGCCAGCGUGAGCAGAAUCGCAAUAUGAAAAACCUGCCCGAGGUCUUUAUACGAUGCUACACAUGUCAGCGCAGAGUGCAUCCGAGUUGCAUUGAAAUGCCGCAUCGCAUGGUUGCGCGGGUGCGCAACUACAACUGGCAAUGUGUUGACUGCAAAUGCUGUAUCAAAUGUAGAGGAAAGAAGGAUCAGAACAAAAUGCUGUUCUGCGAGCAGUGCGAUCGGGGCUUUCACAUUUACUGCCUGGGCAUCAAAGCCGUCACAGAUAGUCGCUGGAGUUGUGAACGUUGCAGUGUUUGCAUGCGUUGUGGCGCCACAAAGCCAGAGGGUUUGCCACAACAACAAACCCAGAUAUCGCCGAAUGGCGAGAAGGUCAAGCAGAUCAAGCACAAGAAGGUCAAAUGGAUUAACGAGUAUCGAAUAGAUCACAUCACGAAACUGCGUGAGCAUUGCUCCAUGUUGUGUGUACCAUGCGGGCGCGCAAAAGGUGCGAAGCGCGUGCAAAUAGCCAGCCCAUGCGUUAGCGGCACAGCAGCGACGGCUGCUUCUAAUCUGCCAUCACCCCCCGCCACGGCGCAACAAAAGCAGCCAGCGAAAACAUUAUCGCAAAAUCAAACAACGACCAACGCAGCCGCAGAAGCUGCAAAUGCGAGUGUUGGAGCCGCCAGCAAAGGCGCUGCCUCUGCUGCAUCUGCAAUGAACAAAACCAGCGCUGCCGGCACGCUGCCACCGCCGCCGCCGCCCGUUGUUGCCUGAGUGGGGGUGAUACGUUACUGCCCCAAGCGUAGUAGCCUAAACGCCAAUAUGUAGUAGCAGCAAUAAGAAAAAGUCGCGUGAUAUGUUGGCGCACGCGUGAGCUGCACUGUGUCACAGCGAGGAGCUUUGGAUGUGUGAGAUGAGAAUGCAAUUUCAAAUUUUGCUAAAACAUUCGCAAGUCCGAAGCGGAAAUUUACAUUUUGAUUAAAGUUUAAGGAAAAAUACGGUUUUUAAUGCGCAUAGAGCAUAUUAUUGCAUAGUUUACGACAAACUUGACGCCUUUCAUAAAACUUAACACUUAGUUUAGCAUUUAAUAUCAACAAAAGAUAAUUUGUAAUUUUUUUUUUAAUUAAGUUAAAUGUUCAGUUUCGUUUAAUAAACAAUAUUUAAUUAUAAGCUCAAUUUAUGGAAUAUACGCGCGAUUCACCUACGGUAAAAUGUUAGGCCUAAAGGGUUAAUUUAUCCAAUGUAUUAUAGUGCAAACAAAGAAAAAAUAAUAUAAAAGAAGGGAAAUGUUUCCGUACAUAAUUACAAUAAUAAAAAUGAGAAAUUUAAAACUAAAAUCAUAUAACAAAAUAUUUGCCGCAUGCAAACACAAUCAUGUCUAUAUAAAAUGUCAAAUAAUGCACAUAAGAGUUGAUUUAAGUCUUAAGUAAAGCAUCAAAAGCAAAAAAUUUAAGCUAAAAUAAAAAUCUAACAAAAUGUAUCAAAAAUAUUUAACUAAAUAAUGUGUAAAGUUCUCUUUGUAUACAACAUUGUAAACUAUUUGAUGUUGCAAAAACUUAUAGACAAGAAUAAUUUAAACAGAAAAGAAGAAAGCAACCAUGAGCUGAUCAGCAAAAACUGCUCAAAGCGCUGAAGUGGCAUUUUUCGGGAGAUGGAAUUCGAGUAGGCCUUCACUGGCUUCAAAUACCAUAUUGUAAACUUAUUUUUUACCGUAAUUUUCUCAAGUAAGGUUUUUAAAA